GAAAGCGCUUCAUUUUACCGAACUUUGCAUUUGCGUUAACAACAUCCCAGAAAUGGAGACGCCAUUAUGAGACCCGAUUCAAUUUUUUCCGUUUUACGCAGAUGACGAGAGUGGCAGAUUGGAAAUGAAGGCGAUCCCGGGAUCGACAUCGGCAGGUGGCAGCAGUGAACCACCGAAAAAAACUGGCGAGAAUGAUUGGUCGGAUAGUCCGAGAGGAUCCCUGAGGAAGAUGACCGUUCGAAACCGAAACUUUGUCGAGAAUUCGGCCGGACCAUCCACCAGCAUGGUUUCUAGUAUAAGCAGUCCGAAUUUUAGACGGGAUCCUAGCAUUAGGUCUUUAAAAAACUAUCAUCAUAUUAUGGAUAUGCAAGCUGUUCAGUCUAGAAGGGCCCCCAGUAGUGUGGAUUCUGGUUACGGAUUCAGCGCCAAACCUUUCUCUGAAGCCGGUUCUGUGCGAUCGUGGGCCUCAGUCGGAAUGGGGUCCACCGAUGGAAAGAAAAUGAUAGUACGCAGGGUGCCCACUUCUCCAGUGGAGCUGUUCAACAUCGUAAAUCCACCCAC